AGUAAUUCACCGGCUCUUCCUUUGAGCUGCCUUCCCGUCUUUUCUUUCGCCAUGCGCCGCGCGUCGCUCGUUUUGAGCUUGGCGCUGGGGGCGACAUGGCUCCAGGCCUGGUCCUUGCUGGACCUAUCGCGGCGCCCCAAGCUGGCGCUGCGAAAGCUGGGGGCGGCAGCCCUGCCAGGCCUCUUCCGCGCGGAGAGGUUGGACGCGCUGCGUGCUCACUUCGGGGACGUGGAUGAGAGGCGUUUCAAGUUCGGCGACUUGCGCACCCAGCGAUCUGCGGUGCAUUUGCCUUUCCGAGAGCCCUUCAGCAGCUUCCCAUUGCUAGGGGAGGGUGCGGAGCUGCACCCGCUGCUCUCUGGUUAUUUGGGCCCGGACUUUGUGCUGGAGAGCGCGUUAGUUAUUACGGUUGAUGGGCAAACUCCGGCGCAGAAUGCCCACACAGACACCGAAGACGAAGGAAGCGUUUCCGUGCACAUACCUCUUCAGCCACUGACAGCAAAAUUUGCGCCGCUGUCCUUCUGCCUUGGGACCCAUACGGACGUAGAACUCCUGGAUCGCGCUGCAGAGCAGGUCCGGCGCUGGCGCUGCAAGAACGAGUCUCCAACAGAGGCCCGGCAGCGCAUUGCCGCAGGAAACUCCGUGAGAAGAGAAGCCAUCACCAUCCUUUGGAACGACGAGAUGCCACUUCUUGAGUCAGUGGACCUGAAGAUUGGGAGGAGGAGCGCCCGUGUCGCCAAAGUGCGGCACGGCAGCCUGGAAGUUGGAGAUGAAAUCACCGGCGUCAACGAGAUGAGCUUUGCCACCUGGCACCGAGUGCAGCGACAGAUACCAGAGCUGCAAGAGGCCAUCUCGCUGCAAAUUCUGCGCGCCCCAGAUGCGCGGGACCUGCCCCCAGCCCCAGAUCUGCUGGUUGGCGCUCCGUUGGGGGUUGGAGAUGCCGUGAUCUACGACUCCAGGACAAUUCAUUGGGGCAUGGCGAACCAGGAAUUUGAGCCUCGACAGGUCUUGUACCUCAACUUCAUGAGCUCCUCCUUCCAAGGCUAUUCACCAGACGGCGAUGCCAUUGCCGAUGCGUCCCCAGAGUGCUUGCUCGCCCGCAGCUCCUUUCGCGAAAAGUUGUCGACCUUGAAGACUUUGCAAAGAGCUGGCUAGCUU